ACAAAUAACAAAAGCAAGGAAGGUAUCAACAUUAGGAUUAAAUACCAGUAAAAACGCACAAAUACAUUCUAUUUUUUUACUCCGUUUACGAAAUCGCCACGUGACUCGUUUACGACUACAGUGGGGGGAGGCAGGGCGGCAAAACAAAGACAGACAAGGCAAGGGAUUGCAUGUAGUACAAAUUACAUUGUUUUUAUGAAAAUGACUUUCAGCAUAUACUUUUGCGGCAGCAUCCGAGGAGGGAGGCAGGACGUGGAGAUUUAUCAGAAGAUCGUGAAGAAGCUGCAGCAAUACGGAAAAGUUCUAACAGAGCACGUCAGCUCCAGUGGUUUGACCGAGAAAGGGGAGGAUGUCACCUCACAGGGAGACAAAUUCAUUCACGACAGGGAUGUGGAGUGGCUGGAGGAAUCUGAUGUGAUUGUAGCAGAGGUGACACAACCUUCCCUUGGGGUUGGGUAUGAGCUUGGCAGGGCUGUCGCCAUGAAUAAGAAGAUCCUCUGCCUUUUCCGCCCUUCAUCGGGUAAAGUUCUUUCUGCUAUGAUCAGGGGAGCAGAAAACAGAGCCAAGUUCCAGGUGCGCGACUACACAAGUGAAGAAGUUGAAGACAUCAUAGAUGAAUAUUUCAGCAGUGCAAACUUUUCAUCCAAGUGACUUCAUACAGCAGGAUGUAAAAUGCAGACCUCCACACAAGGAAUACUGUCAGAAUGAUAGGUGAUCAGUCAUAUGCCCACAACAUACACAUUUAAAUGCAUGUUGUACAGAGAAAAAAAACAGCGGAUUCAUUCCUACUAAUCUGAUAUUACAUUAUUUGGAUAAUGUGGUUAACGUAAGGAAGAGUUUAGGGAUUAUCAUAACAGAUAUUAUUUGUAUGUACUGCAAGAGUGUUAAGAAUCUUGUACAAUAUCAGACUUUUUUUUAAUAAACAUUUGUUUCCCACCCCAUGUUUUCUCCUGCCACUAAAUACUGAAUGUACAUUAUCCGUCCAUGCUUUGAAAACCCAGGGGCGACACAGUAAGCUUUUUAGUCUGUGUCAACAGGAUAGAUAUACAACAAAAACACAAGUAGUUUUUUCUUUCUUUUUUCUACAGCCAGUGCCUUACAAAUUUAUUAUUGGUCUUAAAAAAACAAACAAACAAAAAAAAAAAAAAAAAGCACACACACCACCAUACUUUUACUACCCAUUUUGAGAUACAAGCCAAUACCAAAGAAAAAACAAACAUCAAUUAGCAGAAAAAGCUCUUUAUUUAGUAAACUGAAGUCGCAUAAACUUCAGUUUUUGAUCACCCCCAGAAAGAUAGAACAUUAUAGGUGUCCAAUAUAAGUAUAUGAAUAUGUAAGGAUAUCCAACUUCCUGCGAGAAUUAACCUGAUAACUCCAUCAAACUUGUCACUGAAUCUGAGAUCUGUCAACAAAUAUUUGUCUAUAUAAGUGAAUAUUUAACAUGCUCGAAAACAACUCAUUUCCAUUUUUUUUUUAAAGAAAAAAACAAGAAAAGCAUGUUACAUGAAGCUUUGCAAAAAACAAAAACAAAACCAAUGUAUUAUUUAUUUGAUUAUGAGCCACAGUAUUUCACCAAAUAUUGCAGUGAAACCUCUGUACUAGAGAAUAGGUGACAAGUUUUGAAGGUUAAGAAUCGGAGACCUAUCAGUUUAACUCUUUGGUGGGGCACUCUGGAACAUCCAAACCACACUAACCCCUUGGUUUAGAUUUGUUUUUUUUGUAUCACUCUUAGGUCAUACAUUUUUUACAUAGGGCCCUUCUAACAAAAAAAAAAAAAAAAAAACAAUUGAAAAAAGCACCUUCCCAUUUCCUUUCACAUUCGCAAGCUUGAGGGGUUA